AUGGGACCAGUCUCUCUUCUUCCCAAACAUCAGAAAUUAAGCACUUCAAAAGGAGAUUUGGCCAAGAUGACCCAUUUACAGGCUGGACUCAGCCCAGAGACUAUAGAGAAAGCGCGCCUGGAACUGAACGAAAACCCAGACGUUUUACACCAGGAUAUCCAGCAAGUCAGAGACAUGAUCAUCACCAGGCCUGACAUCGGAUUCUUACGCACAGAUGAUGCCUUCAUCCUGAGGUUUCUCCGAGCCAGGAAGUUUCACCAAGCAGAUGCCUUCAGACUCCUGGCCCAGUACUUCCAGUACCGCCAGCUAAACCUGGACAUGUUCAAAAACUUCAAGGCCGAUGAUCCUGGCAUUAAGAGGGCUCUCAUCGAUGGGUUCCCUGGAGUGUUGGAAAACCGUGAUCACUAUGGCAGGAAGAUUCUUCUGCUGUUCGCAGCCAAUUGGGAUCAGAGUAGGAACUCCUUCACAGACAUCCUCCGGGCCAUCCUGCUGUCACUGGAAGUCCUUAUUGAAGAUCCAGAGUUGCAGAUAAAUGGUUUCAUUUUAAUUAUAGACUGGAGUAAUUUCUCCUUCAAACAAGCCUCCAAACUGACACCUUCAAUCCUCAAACUAGCCAUCGAAGGGCUGCAGGACAGCUUUCCUGCCCGCUUUGGAGGAGUCCAUUUUGUCAACCAGCCCUGGUACAUUCAUGCCCUGUACACGCUCAUCAAGCCAUUCCUUAAAGACAAGACCAGGAAACGGAUUUUCCUGCAUGGAAACAACUUAAACAGCCUCCACCAGCUAAUACACCCCGAAUUUUUGCCAUCUGAAUUUGGAGGCACCCUUCCUCCUUACGACAUGGGAACAUGGGCCCGGACGUUGCUCGGUCCUGACUACAGCGAUGAAAAUGACUACACUCACACUUCCUAUAAUGCAAUGCAUGUGAAACACACAUCCUCCAAUCUGGAGAGAGAGUGCUCACCCAAGCCAAUGAAGAGAUCUCAGUCUGUGGUAGAAGCUGGGACCCUGAAACAUGAGGACAAGGGAGAGAAUGAGAACACCCAGCCACUCCUGGCUCUCGACUGAACCCUGAGUCACCCUGUGCUCCCGACGUCGCCAACUAUCAGUGGUAUCAGCCACCAGGAAGCACAUGUGAAACUGACCACACGACUCAUGCGUUCGGCUCAAGGGCCUCCUCUCCUGCCACCCAGUAAUGACUGUCACCAGCCAUUGGUCUGAGCAGCCAAAGUUGAACAAAGACUUGAGAGAUGCAUUUUUGUUUGUCAGUGAGGGAAUUGGAAGAUGAAGCAAAGUAGUCAUGGAAACAAGACUCCCCCCACCCCAUAUUUAUGGUAUUAAAUGAAUUGAAAAGAGAAAAACUAAAUUUGAGGCACACACCUCAUUAGGACAAAGAUUUUUCUGAUGCUUUGAAGAGAUGCUCUCCAGUUUUUGCAGUUUAAAAUUAAGUGCAUUUCCAAGUAGAUCCAUAAGAAUUUAAACUGUGCAGACACAAUUUUCAAGUUUAAUGUAGUGCAAAGCCCCAAGACAAUAGUAUCUCCAGUAAUCUUCAUUCCUACAUCGAGUUAUUUUCUUUGACCUCAUCACCAGCAUCCAAUUUCAAGUUGUUCAGCCUAAGAGCAUGCUCUUAUAGGUCUGGCUAUUUGCAGAGUUUGUUUAUUUUGAUAUCCUGCAAAAAUGAUUUUGAUGUCACAUCUUUGAUCAGGCCACCAGCUGAUUAUCAAGAGCUAAUGUGAAACAAAGACACACAAAUUGAGAUAUGACUAUUUCAUCUUAGCGAUGUGGCUUCCCACAAGGAAUGUAUGUCUCCAGAGGGUAGGGGGUUAUGUUGAAAAUACAUGUCAGUGAUUAAUGAAUCUUUUCAAGUUGCUUCACUUAGGUCACUAUGGCAAGAAAAGUGCUACAAAAGCAUUACACACCCACUACGUCCCCCCACCUUCCUCCUGCAAUCAGUUAAAGGUGCGAAGGAUGGACCUGGCU